AUGCGUAUGCCUCCAAGUGUGGGAAGUUUGGGAACCCAUCCUGAUGAUAAAGUUGAAGAAGUGAACGUUAGGAACAUUGUCGUUUACAAAAGUCAGAAUGGUGCAAGAAUCAAAACAUUUGGGGGAAGAUCAAAUGGGCAUAUUAGAGCGAUUUCGUUCAACAAUAUCAUACUUGUGCAGACUAGAAAUCCGAUCAUUAUCGACCAACACUACUACAGUGACCGGCAUGGUAGUAACGGAGAAAUAAAAGUGAGUGAUAUAACAUUCAGUGGUUUCCGAGGAACUGCAGCUUCAAAUGAAGCAAUAAUACUCAAGUGCUCUAACCUGAGGUGCACCAACAUUGUAAUGGAUCAUGUCAACAUAUCUUCAAUGAUUCCCGGAAUGCGAACCUCCUCUUACUGUGAAUUCGCCGAUGGAAGAUCAAGCUUUACUACUCCUGAUGUUCCUUGCCUGCACAAGCACUGA